GUGAAACAUUGUAACAUUACGUUCUAUUUAGAAUCGCUGUUAACUCGAACUAAACAAAGGUUACAUCAACAUUAAGAAACAGAUGGUAGAAAUGUUGCUAAUCCCAGUUUGCUAGUUAAUUUACCUGAAGUUAGUUUGACAGAGUGACAGCAGCUGAGAUGAUCCACAGUCUGUUCCUGAUCAAUCACUCGGGAGACAUCUUCCUGGAGAAACACUGGAAGAGUGUCAUCAGCCGCAGUGUGUGUGAUUACUUCUUCGAGGCGAAGGAGAAGGCGGUGGAGCCGGAGAAUGUGGCCCCCGUCCUGCAGACCCCACACCACUACCUUAUCUCUGUCUACAGGGGAAAGCUCUUCUUCCUGUCUGUCAUCCAGACUGAAGUCCCUCCACUGUUUGUCAUCGAGUUCCUGCACAGAGUGGCAGACACAGUUCAGGACUACUUUGGGGAGUGCUCAGAAAGUGUCAUCAUGGACAAUGUGGUGACGGUGUACGAGCUGUUGGAGGAGAUGCUGGACAACGGCUUCCCUCUAGCAACAGAGUCCAACGUCCUCAAAGAGAUGAUCAAGCCUCCCACCAUCCUGCGAUCAGUUGUCAAUACGCUCACAGGAAGUAGUAAUGUUGGAGACACAUUACCAACAGGCCAAUUGUCCAACAUCCCAUGGAGGCGGGCUGGCGUUAAAUACACCAAUAAUGAGGCAUAUUUUGAUGUGAUAGAAGAAAUAGACGCCAUUCUGGACAAAUCAGGUACGACAGUAUUUGCAGAGAUCCAGGGUGUAAUUGAAGCCUGUGUGAGGCUCACUGGGAUGCCCGACCUGACUCUGUCCUUUAUGAAUCCUCGUCUUCUCGAUGACGUGAGCUUCCACCCGUGUGUGAGGUUCAAGCGCUGGGAGGCGGAGCGCGCCCUCUCUUUCAUCCCGCCCGAUGGAAACUUCACACUCAUGAACUAUCAUGUCAGCUCCCAAAAUCUCGUGGCCAUUCCAGUGUACGUGAAGCAGAGCAUCAGUUUCUUUGAGACGGGACCUUGUGGUCGCCUGGACAUCACCAUUGGGCCCAAGCAGACCAUGGGGAAGACGGUGGAGGCCUUGAUGGUCACUAUCCACAUGCCUAAAGCUGUGCUCAGUACCAACCUCACGGCCACACAGGGAAACUACACCUACGACAUCGCUACCAAGGUGUUGGUUUGGGACAUUGGGAAACUGAACCCCCAGAAGCUUCCAAACUUGCGAGGCAGUCUGAGUCUGCAGGCCGGAGCCCCCAAACCUGAAGAUAAUCCGUCACUCAACAUUGACCUGAAGAUUCAGCAGGUGGCCAUAUCAGGCCUCAAGGUGAAUCGUCUUGACAUGUUUGGUGAGAAGUACAAGCCGUUUAAAGGGGUCAAAUAUGUGACUAAAGCGGGUAAAUUCCAAGUGCGGACCUGAGUAAAGCCUGUCAAAGGUCAACAAUCCAAUGUGCCAAAAAUAGGAGGGUUACCAGCUCUCCAAUAUGUCUUACAUAUCCUCAUUGUUAUUAAUUAACAGUUAUUUAUUAUGUGUUCUGUAUUACAUAUAUAAGACUGGGUGGUAUUUGUGGUCUGUAAAGGGAAGCCUUAAUAAUCAAUGUGACCUUGUUGAAGUGCUAUCCAGUUUAAAUGUGCUGCAUUAUAUGAACCAUUCCUCCUUUCUUUUUUUACUAUUUCUUUCUUUUAUUAACACCUUCUGAGUGUUGCCAAAGGGGGAUAUUUCAGUUAGAAAAGGGACACUCGCAGCUACACUCACUAUGUCAUCACACCUAUACAAUCUUACUUGCAUGCUGCCUGAAAGUAAGCAGCCAUGCCUUUAAAAACCUUUUUACAUAUAAGGUAGCAAGUUUUAUACUUGUAUAAAUGCUUAUUUUUGAAAAAUCUAUAUCUAUCUACUUCCUGAGUAGCUGCAGUGUGUUUUUAGUGCAGGUGUUUUUUGCACACAUUCACUCUUUAAUGUGGCCUUGUAUGGUAGGUUUAGGUGUUUUGUAACACACUAAAGCACAUAAACUGCAUUUUUUGGAGGCCCGAGGGGAAGUUUAUUUAAAAAAAAUAUAUCUUUAUAUCUAAGGUACAUUGAGGGAGUACAACUAUCUGCAGGGUCUAGAUACAGAUGUGUAAAAAGCACUCGUAAAUCUACAAAAUCUUCACAUAAUCUUGAAUGCAACGUCUUCGCUCAGCACAAGAUUUGCACAAUCAAUUGUCUAAGUGGAAAAUACUACUUAAAGCUCCUGUAUGAAGUUGAAUCUGUAAUUCAGUGUAUAAGAUGUCUUAUAAAAGCUUUAAAAU